CUAGUGCCCUGUAACGACAUAUUGGUCGCAAGCUACGAGAAACUCUAUUAUCUUGUGGAGUGCAGGAAAAGUCAAUGAAAUCUUGCUCAGCAGCCAUGAUUGGUGUGUUUCUCCUUGCGUAUAUCUCCGUGAAUUUACUCCUUAAGUGUCAAGGUCAAAAGAUUCAUCAAGCUAAGAUUUUCUGUGAAAAUACAGAAGUACCAGAAGGUGGUAGACUGGAGGUUACGUGCAGCACAUUUGGUUUUACAAGAAAGGCAGUUUAUUUAUAUUUGUGUAGAAAUGGUAAAGCUAUUGAUGCGAAAAACGGACCCACUCGACAAGACACCGCCUUUAAAAUAGAGAGAAUGGAAAUGAACCAUUCAGCCAACUACAGCUGUGUGUUUUCGGAAGAGCAGUUGCAAAUAAACAAAGUGAUGGGAUAUGGUCAUAAUUACAUCUUCAUAAAUGUGAUUGAAUCUUUGAUUUUUACACAGAUACAUUUGCUUAAGUCUGAGGUGCCAGUGGGAAGUAAUGCCGAAUUCAACUGCACAACAUCCAAUCCUUUACAAAACAAACAGUCCAGGAACAUGAUAUUGGUUUAUCUAAUCAAAAAUGGAAUGAUUAUUAAAGUUAAUAUUUGGGACACAGAGAAGAUGAUGACAACAUUCAUCCUCAGAGAGGUCCAGAUGGAAGAUGCUGGGACAUACAGCUGUGUUUUAUUGUUAAACAUACUCCCUUACCAUGGAAUGAGACUUCGUCAAAAUCUUAAAGUUGAUCUUCAGAUAAUUGCGACAUCUAACAGCGGUAUUGACAAAGUCAUAAUUGCCAUAAUGUGCUCUACCAUAGUGUUACUUCUCAGUCUGUUUCUGGGAAUCUGGGCACUGACCCGAAAACGAGGAUGCCUUAGAAUCCAAAAUGAAAGAUCCUCGAAAAACGAGACAGAGCUCAGAGGAACAGAAGUGUUAUAUGAAGAAAUUGAGAAACCUGACUCAUCUGGUACUGGUCACAUACCAUGUGCUGUCUGGGCUGCCUCAGAGUCGGAUAAUUCCUCUUUUAAUGAUGAAGAGUAUAAUGAAGUGGAAUGUGCAGUACAGCAUCUGCAUGCAUUAAAGCAUGAUUAAAUUAUACUGUUGCAGCUUUGUGGUGUUAUCUUUUGCUGUUUUACAACUGUUGCUUUUUGUGGUUUACUUUAGCUUGUUUUUUUAAGUUUCUGUUUUAACUGACUAUUAUUUGUUUACUGUCAUUAUUGUUGAUUUUUUUUAUGACACUGACCAACCAAGUGUUGAUCACUUAAUUCACUGUGCAUAUUAUUAUUAUUAUAAUUAUUAUUAUUAUUAUUAUUUUUAUGUAAACAUUACUGUAAAUGAACUUUCAAGACUGGAAAUUAAUUCUCAGUAUUUAUAACAAAAUACAAUAUACAUAUAUGUUAAUGUAACAUGAAAUUGUUGUAAAAACAAACUGUUGUUGGUUUUAUUUAAUUUAGCUAUCUGCAGUGUGUUAGUGUCACGGAUGUAUGGAAAAUAUCUCAUAAUA